UCUGACCUCUGGGGCCACCAGUAAGCCCCGUCCUACUGUUGGACUGAAGACCAACACCUCCCAGUCACCCAUGACCAGCGAUGACCCCCGAGGGACACAGAAGUCUUCUUCAUGGCUGCCAGGGCUGGAAAAACAUGACGUCCCCAUCGUGGUUGGAGUGGGCGUGUCUCUAGCCUUCAUCUUCAUCACAAUGGCUUUCUAUUCGCUGUUUCAGAGCAGUGAUCCUCUGCCAAUCAUUCGAGCAGGGACCGUGGCGCUAACUGAUGCACAACAACGAGCUCAGAGGAACGUGGGCGUCCCCAUCAGACAUGCGGAACAACAGGCCGCUGGUAAAACAUACGACAACAGAGCAUUUGCGGAUGACGAGUGUGUAGCAGUGAUUGAUCAGAGCCCUAAUACGUCGGACACCCGCGCCCGGCCGCUGGGGCCCGGUCUGGUCAUGGUUCAGAUGGAGCCCCCACCUGAAGACCUGAGAGAGGAAGACCUGAGAGAGAACCACCAGCGUUCCCUAAUGGAGGACAAUGCUGUCCCCAUGGAGACGUUUCCUCUUUGUGCUCUCCUGGACUCACAGGUGGAGGAGGACAAGGCCUUCAGCCUGCCUCCACCCAGCGCACGGCUCCGAUGUGUGGAAGACUGGGUCAGCAGCUGCCUCCACCCGGUCUGCCAGGAGCCUCCGACCCGACCCCCUUCUCUGACUCCACCCUCCUCUCUGCUUCCACCCUCCUCCCUGCCUCCUCCUCUGCUCCACUCCUCGCUGACCCUCCAGACGCCGGCCGAGCCCACCUCCACCUCCUCCCAUGCCUCCACCACCUCCACCCUUCCUGUCCACCACAGCCUCAGCGUCUCCCACACAGUGAGCUCCCCGCUCCUCGUCUCCCAUCAUGUCUCGCUGGGCUCAACCACCACCGUCACUGUGGAUGUCACCUUCCAUCCUAGCGCCGCCACUGCCAUGGCGAUUUCAACCAGCACUCACAUCAAUUCGCGCGUCACCAACACCCCCACAGCAGCGGGUCCUCUGUUUAACUUCCCAUUGGCAAACAGUCAAGAGAGCGACCAAUCAGCUUUGAGAAUGCCGCACUGCAAGUAG